AUGAGUACCUUGAGCUGGAAUUGUCGUGGUUUGGGCAAUCCAUGGACAGUUCAGGAGGUGGUGGACAUGGUGUCCAAGAAUAAGCCCGAUUUUGUGUUCUUAAUGGAAACUAAGGUUGAUCGAAGUCAUGCAGAAAGGCUUCGUGUUAAGCUUGGGUUUGAUGAGGUUUGUGUUCCUGGUUUUGAGAAGUGGAGGAUGACUGGUUUUUAUGGUUUCCCACAACGGUGGAGGCGUGAAGAGUCUUGGAAUCUAAUUAAAUCACUUGCUUCAAAGUCUGAUCUGCCUUGGGUUGUAAUAGGGCAUUUCAAUGAUCUCUUAUUCCAACGUGAGAAACAAGGAGGAAACCCGCAUCCGGAUAGACUCCUACGCGGAUUUGGGGAUACUAUUCAGGAUUGUGGUUUGACGCAGCUACCGAUGAUUGGUUAUCCGUACACAUGGGAAACAGGGAAGGGAACAGUAGAUUGGAUAGAGGAACAUCUGGAUAAAGUACUGGCCACUCAAGGGUGGCGUGACAGGGUUGUAGAAGCAAGUGUCCUAAAUAUGUUAACCCGUAAGUCUGAUCAUUCUGCCCUUUUCCUUGGGAUUCUGAAUCCUCGGGCGAGGGGGGGUGGGGGUGGCACCCGGGGGUUCAGUUUUGAGAUGGCUUGGCUUCAUGAUGAGGGUUGUAGGAGUGUGGUGGAGAAGACGUGGAAUGAAGGAAGGGCUAUGGGGUUGCAGGAUUGUACGGCGUUAUGUGGGAACCGGUUGACUAAAUGGGGAGGAGAUCGUUUCCACAAGUUUGGGGAACAAAUGAUGAAGCUACGGAAAGCCCAGAUGUAUGCUUCUUAUCGUAAAAAGAAGAAUAUUUUAUCUACUCUUAAGAAUGAUUAUGGGAAUUGGGUGGAGGGGGAGGCCAUGACUGGUGUAAUUCUGGAUUACUUCCGUAAUAUAUUCUGUACUAAUGGUACUGGGGAUGGUGAUGAGUUUUAUGAGAAGGUACCACUGAGGGUCAUACAGGCGCAUAAUGACUCUUUGCUCCGCCCUUUUCAACUUGAAGAGGUGAAAUCUGCAUUGUUUUCGAUGUUUCCGGAUAAGGCGCCUGGGCCUGAUGGUAUAAAUCCAGGCUUUUACCAGCAUUUCUGGGAUGUGGUAGGUGGGGAUGUUUCAAGCUAUUUUGUUGACUUCCUAAAUACUCGCUCUUUUCCAGCAAAUUUAAAUGCCACAGAUAUUGUCCUGAUCCCUAAGAAAAAUGCCCCUAAAAUGGUUACUGAUUUAAGACCUAUAGCCUUGAGUAAUGUGGUGUAUAGAGUGAUGGCUAAAAUGAUAACAGCCAGGAUGAAACCUAUAAUGGACCAUAUUAUAUCGGAUUCUUAA